AUGACGGAUACAACAGAAGAAGGUUUCAAUAUGCUGCAGCGCUUCAGCGAGGACGACGAUGGCGUGGAUGCCCGGCAAGCCGAGCUAAUGAGGCUAAGAGAAGAUAACCAACGACGCUUGGCUCUGCUACAGAGAAGAACUGCCACUGGAGGUGAUCCCCUCUCAUCAGCCGCAUCGGCGAGUCCUUUGGCUGGAAUUCCCACCUCGGAACUUUUGGCCUUGUUUCCUCGAGGGAGACCGAAUGUCAAAUCGGUUCUGCCUCCAUCAAACCGAGCCGUGUCUCCAAAACCACCUUCCGAGAGACUCUUGGCGGCCCGAAGAGCGGCAAUGCGGGCCCGACAAAGAGACAUCGAAUUGGAACGAGAGCUCGCUUUGGAACGAGCACAACAGCAAGAGCUGGACGCUGCUGCACCCACGGAUGCUGCUGCUGCUGCUCAAGUCAGACCACCACCAGCGCCGACGUCACGAACACAAGACCCACCCGGAUGUCGACUCAUUGCGACCCCAAAGCCGGACAAUUUCUUGGCGGUCGGAAACGAACCUUUGAUUGGGGGUCCUGCCGUUCAAGCACCCACUCAGGCACCGGUCCCACCCGCCAUUCAAGCAGCCACCCAGGCGCCCGUUCCACCCGCCGUUCGAGCUCCUACCCAGGCGCCCCCGAGGACGGUUCAGGAUCCCUACAGAGGAGCUGCAGCGGCGGCUUCUUCUAAUCAAGACCAAUUCCUCGGAACCACACAAGACCCUUACAGAGGAACUGCAGCAGCUCCCACCCAGGCGCCCGUUCCAGCGGCUAGGAGACUUCCUACAGCUCCUGCUCCCGCCAGGACGGUUCAGGAUCCCUACAGAGGGGCUGUAGCCGCUGCUUCUGCGCAAGACCAAUUCCGUGGAACACAAAACCCCUAUCGCGCCGCCGGAGUGGGAGGUGCAGGGACAGCCACAGAUCCUUACGAAGUGGGGGGUGCAGGGACAGCUACAGACCCUUAUCUUGCUGGCGUGUCAGCAGCAGCACCAUCUCCACCAGAACCAUAUAUUCCAAACCAAUAUCUUGCUGCUGCUGGUGCCUCCAUGGCACCCGCACCCAUGAGAGCCCCCACCAGACCUCCAGUGGCAGCUGGUGCAUCGGCGAGGGGGCCCACCAUAGAGCAACUAAUUGGAUUGGAUAGGGUGAGUUACGAGGUUGGAGAUUUUAUGGACGACAGCGACGACGACGAGGGUGAUGCCAGUGAUCUACGAAUACUCACGGCUUAUCUAGCUGGUAGAGACCACGAGCAACAGCAUCAGAUGAGACAACGUGCUGCUGCCAUGAAUGCUACUUCCAAUGGCAUGGUUGACAACAACACCAACAAGUACACACCCGAAGUCGGCACCACCACCAGCCAACCUCAACAGGUCGCUGGAACCAAGAGAGAUCACCAAGAAAUGAUGUCGGUUCCAAACCCGAAACCGACCAAGAAAGCCGCAAAGGAAAAGGCUAGUCCUCCCUUGGGACCUCCUCCUAAAUACCAAAAGACGAAGCCCAAAUUGUUGUACCUGCCCAGUGACAACGAAGAUUUGUCCGAGUAUCAGGUCCUCGUUCGAAAACAAAUCGAAGCAUUCCAGGCCGACAAGGAAGACACUGCGGUCAGCACACGAGGACGCAACCGUCCCAUUGUCGCCGGCCAAGUAGGUAUUCGAUGCCGUCAUUGCACCGCCAUCCCGCCCCAGCAACGCCAACGAGCUGCCAUCUACUAUCCCUCCAAGCUCGAUCGUCUGUACCAGAUGAGUCAGACCAUUGCCACUCUGCAUUUGGCCGAGCACUGCCAGCAUAUUCCUGCGGAAAUUCGAAGCGAAUUGUCGAAACUGCGAGAAUGCAAAUCCGCAGCCCUCGGUGGCAAAAAGUACUGGGCCGACGCCGGUUCUGCCUUGGGUUUGGUCGAGUACGACAAGCGAAUCUUUUACGAUGCGUCCAAGCAACCAGAGAUGACCAUGAAGAAGCAAGGAGCUUCGUCGUAG